GUCCGUCAAGAUGUACAAAGUUGCCUGUUUGGUUUUGGCCCUGUUCGCAGUUGCCAGCGCAGUUCCCACGACUUAUGACACUGAGCACGUGUGGAAAGCUGGAAACCUGUCGUAUGUGAUUCCUGAAAAUGCCGUUUUGGGUGGCUUUGAUCCCUAUGGCUUUAACACCUAUGUGGGCCGUGUAAAGUACAUCCGUGAUAUCCUGCCCGCUCGCGUAGUUGCUGAAACUGGUACUGCCUACUUCAACACCGAGACCGUCUCCUCGAAGCUCCUGGUGUACGACAUCCUGGUGGCCGAGCGCAAUGUUAACUACGUGUGGGUGAGGAGCUACGAUGGAUUCUAUGAAAAGGGAGCCGUCGCCGUGGGCACUACCGUCAAGAAUGAGCGGGUUUUCUGCUGUCGUGCCAAGACCGACGGUGGAAUUCUGAUCGGCACCCUUCUUCUUAGCUCCCAGAAGCUCUGCAUCAUCAAGCACGAGACCUUGGCCCUGCGUAAGUUCGACAAAUAUGAAGUCCUGGUCGCUCAGCCCAAGGCCAAUGGAACCUACUACUACUAAUUUGCGACUAAUUUCAAAUUAAGAUCUCUAGGAACAAUAUGAAGGACCUUUGGAAUUAAAAUUAAAAAUGAAUAAAACUUAAUUUAUUAAAAAAAGUGUGCCUUUGGUACUAAAUGAAAAGUCAUACGAUAGGUUAAUUUUAAUUCUAAGAGACUUUACCGACGUUUUAAAUAAAAUGAAAGUAAAAAUUGGAAUCAA